AUAUACCAAGUUAUCGCACAGGCUCCCGGUUAGGGUCGAACAAAAGAAGUUUGUUUGCACUCAGUGAAACUCCAUUAUCCUAGAGAAACUGGAGAUGAGUGAAAGGGCCUGUGAAGCCGAACCUUAACACAUCACAGUCAAUGCCUGUAAAUAAUAAUACACUGUAUGUAUAUCUAUAAUGUAAUAACUCAUAUGUUCUGUCUAUUAUUAAACAUCUUUAAAAAUAGCAUUCAUGUAGGAUUGCUUAAGUAUUAGAUUAGUAAUCAGUGGUAAUCACUUUUCUGACGUCAGGUCCAAGUUACUGAGCUUCCUAACACGUCAUUAGAAGCAGUUGAUAAUAUAACGUCACUUUUUUGUGUCGAGCUUAAAUUUGAUUGGCUAGCCAGAGACAAAGCGUCACUUUAGCGCAGCCAAUUAAAAUUCUUAGGUGUUUAAGUGCACGUCAUGACUGUUAUCUGAAUGAGCGACCUGAUUAAACACUAUAAAGAUUCUUCUGUUCGUUAGUGUGUGAGGGAAAAAACACACAGCGCAGUUUUUUUUGUACGCAACACCGCACGAGGGCGCUGUUUGUCUCCUCCGCGGGUGAACGUGCGCACUGAGCGAAAAAAAAAUGACGUAGCUAACAGAGUGUGCGCGCGCGACACAGGGGAGCUCCUCUACGAAGUUUUCGGAUAUGUACUCGAGGGCGUUUUCGUCGAUUCGCUGACUAUUACGGCAACCAUAACGCGUUUGUGUGGGUAAUUAGAAAGUUUAUUGUGCUACAUUUGUAAAGUAGUGCUUAAAAACCUCGACGUAAAAAUGAACAUUCGUGAAUUCGUUCACAGGGAAGGGAAAAAAAGACUCGUUCGCUAGCAGCCCGCUAGCUAGCUAAUCUACGGAUAAAGCAAUUUCAGGUACUGCUGAAAGAGUAGCUAGCACAGCUAACCUGUCCGAUAGCAGUAGCCGGCUUGUUGAACACCAUUAAGACACUGUCAUAUGUUAAUAUUCAUAUCAAUAUUAUUAUUAGCCGCUCGCUUCGUGUGUAGGUCUGAAAUAUUAUCUGGAGUGAAUGUAGAGACGCCUGAGUACGAUGGCGUUUGUGCGGGUCUCGGUGUUUUUCUGCCGCAGCCUGCAGCACCGCUAGCUAACACACACACACUAACACUAACACACACCAACACACAUUCACAACAAAGAAACAGGAAGCACCGUGGAGGCGGUGUGUGUGAGAGAGAGGGAGAGAGAGUGUCUUGCUGAUUACAGGACGAACGCAGAUCAUUUAAAGCAAAACGAUCCCGUAAAAGUCUCCUCGCAUUGGAUGAGUCCUUCCUGAGUGAUCCUCAUCUGUCUUCCUCCAGACUGAGCUCUGCUCUCUCAUAAACAAAUAAUGGGCACACCUUUCCUACAUGGCAUUCAUGAACCGCUUUUUUCUUUCUUUUUCUUUUCUUUUUAUUAUUUUUUUUCUGCUAAUAAUACAUUAAAAGUCGACCUGAUACAGUUUUCAUCACAUCUCUGAGUCCAGUUUACUGUCAGGUUUUAGAUGCAGCCCUCACAUUAUAUCUGUGAUUGGCUGUUUGGUGAAUAAGAGGCUUGAUGUCCAGAGGCUGAGAGGAGACAACAAGGAUGUCUGGAGAUCCGUUUUCAUCUACUGGAUCAGCAGUUGUAUCAGCACACUUCAAGAAAAGGAAGUUGCGCUUCACAUUUUCUGAGGUUCAGCUUCUGCUGACUGAGGUGAAGAGAAAUCGCCACAUACUGGUUGGUAAAUUCAACCAGGGUGUCUCAAGUGAUGUUAAGAAGCGAACAUGGGCCGCUCUCGCAGCUCGCAUCAACGAGAUCAGUGAGUGUCACAGAGAGGUCAUCGAGAUUGUGAAGAAGUGGUCUGAUCUCAAGUGUGACACCAAGCGCAAGGUGGCAGCCAUGAGAGCUUCCGGCUUCUCUGCUGCCCGCAUAACUGACGACCUUUCUCCUAUCGAGAGAAUGGUGCACCAGAUCCUCCAGCCUGGACCUGGGGAGAAGUUCCCACUGUCAGACAGCAUUGCAGAUGAGGAUGAGGACAGCCAAGGUGCCUCUGGGAUGCCACUGCACAUCCCUGGUACGGCAAAUGGCAGGCUGCCCAUCAAGCCACGGGGCAUGCCACACCACUCUGGGAUGAGCAGCAAAGGAGACACAGAUCUGCCGCUGGAUAUGCCGUAUAAUUAUGAUUCUGCAGUGCCUCUUACUGACCUUGAGUAUGAACCAUCAGGCACAGAAGACCAGGGCCUACGAGUCAGUGAAACAGAAUACCCGUCUGAUCAAAACAAAAUUCUCCCUGAGCCACCCACUGCUGACAGAGACCAGAUCAAAAUUGAAACCCAGCCUAAGACAUCAAGCAAUAGUACAGCUCAUGCAGGAAGCUCUUCCCGUGCAGCUGUUUGUCGUCUAGCAUCACAAGGCCCAGGCAGUCUGCAGGAGCACCUCGCCAAGAGCGCCUCCCUCAGCCUCCAGGAGCAACAGGCCACCACUGUGCUGAUAGGGACGCUGUCACGUUCACUAGAGUCAGUGGCCGAGUCAGUGCAGCGGCUGGUGCAGACACAGCAGGAGUUUGCACGGGACACACUGCGUCUGCAGAGAGAUACACUGCACGUGCUGCGUGACUUUUCCUCCAGUGCAUUGGCACUGAUGCAGGACAAAUCCAACGGCCACCCAUAGCACCUGCAUCUCACCUAAAUAUAGUCUACACUAGUGAUGGGCAUUUCGAGUAAAUUUGUUGUCGAGUACUCAAGCCUAAGAAAAGCCGAAUCAAUUACUUGAUCUUUAACACAAAUAGUCUCACUUUGUGUGAAGGUAUUUUGCAUCACUUAACAGCACUCAUUUUAUAACAAUCGUUUUUUUAGGCUCAGUGGCAAAUACUACAGCCAACUGAGUAAAUUCAAAUGCACUUGGACCACAGUGCUCUACUAUGCUAGUAAAAUUAUAUUAGGUUAUAAUUUUGUACUGCCACAUUUGCACUAGCACCAUGCUUUGCUUUAUAUUGCAAAAAUAAACUUGCAGUAUUCUUUCUCUUUAGUAAUGACUGUCACAAUAUUUCAGAUUUGGUUUUAUUUAUUUACCCUCAAUAAUGUUUUUUGUCGCCGACAUUAACUAAAAUUUUGCAUUUCUUACAUGGCCUGAGAUUUACGUAAAACUGGCCAUCUUCACCUUGUCUUAAGAGAUACUUAAUCCACCAUGAAUGUUGGGUAAAUGGGUAAAUAAUUGAACCAAAUUUGGCACACCUAGUAAUCAAUAAAGCUUUAUUAAAUAAUUAAUAAAUAACUUAAAACGUAAAAUAAUUUUAAAAAUACAGUACGUCUAUUUAUCCAGUGUGCUCAGUUGUUGGUACUUUAAAAUAAUCCCCAUAUAAAUGUAAAUCAUAGCAUCUAAAUUUGAUUGUUUUUCCAGUCUCUACAGUGCUAGCAAAAUCUUUUACAGAGGAGAAAACACACUCUGCUGGUACUAAUGUGGUAGUCACAUAUGAAUAUUGACUUGUUAAUGAUAAGCUUUAGUAGACUUGUUGUAUUUUUAACAUCUGACAAAGUUUGGAUUUGACAUUCCUUGUUUUCAGAACUAUUAAAGCAUUGCCAGGCUUGGCUUUGUCACCAGUGCAGCAGCCCGACAAACGCGUUGUCACUUGUUUGCCUCGUAAUAAUGAAAAUGGGAGUACAUUUAUUGGCCUGCUGCACUGGUGACAAAGCCACGGCAGUGCGUUAAUCCUUCAUUUUUACCUUUAAUUUUGUGUUAAGCAGAAGAAAAUCAUUUCAAUUUUUUUUUUUUAAACGAAUUAGUGAAUAAGUUAGGUUGUUACACAGUGAGUACUCGAUUAAUGCCCAUCACUAGUCAACACACUUCAGCUUUAAGCUAGAGGAUGUUCUCUGGAGAACAGGGAGGGACUGUUGAACUAAUGAACAGUACAGUUAUAUGCCUCAGGAGUAUAUAAUAAUAGUCCACUACAGCGUUCAGCUACCUCCCUCCCAGUGUUCAUUGCGAUCACAGGACUCAUACAUGCACUAAUACUGUUUACUGUGUGCAGGAGCCUUUUCAGAUAAGCUCUCCCACAUCUCCAAAAAGUAGUGAUGGAGUAACGUGAAGAAGCUGGUAUGGAACAGCUGGAAAGUAGCAUUAGUACAGCAGACUGUUUCUCAGAUCAGUGCUAUCUCUUUGUUUAAAAUCAUUGACUGUUUGGACCAGUGAUAAGACACGCCUACUUUAAAUCGACAAAGCUUUAUUUAAUGAUGCAAUGUAAAUAAACUAAUUUAAAAAUUCUGUAAUAGUUUUAAAUUAUAAGUGAAUUUAAAACAAGUCUAUUUAUCUGAGAUGCUCAGUUUGUGGUAUUUUAAACACCAUAUUGAUCAGUGUCUUAAUUUGAUUUUCCCUUUACUUCUCUAUAUGUGACUGAUCAGCUUUUCAGUGUUUCUUUUCUCACCCAAAUGUUAAAAUUCAGAUCUGAUCUGAAUUAUUAGACAUUGUGUGGAGCACAUUUAUAGUAAAUUUGCAGGUUUUAUAACCUUUACCUAUGACCUUUAACUACCUUUAAUUAUUAAGUGAUUCCUUUUUUUUUUAUUUUAAAUUUUCCUCUUUGUAGUUACAGGUGCCAUAUGAUAUUUAAUUCUGAAAGUGCUCAAUAAGGAUACCUUUGAUAACAGCUUCCACUGAUUCCUUGUUGGCUGCUCUUCCAGUAGUAUGAACACUGUUAAAUGUUUUAUGUAAAAACUACUGUAAAGAUUGGAAUAAACCAGAAUAAUAAUUUUGUCUCGA